UGUCACCAUGAUGGGAAUGAGGAUUUAGUGUAAAUUGAAAAGUGCGAGAGAAGGUCGUCCCUGUACAACUAUGGCUGAAAUUGCAGAGCAAAUUCCUCAUCAACCAAGUUCGUCUGUUAAUGUUAUCGGAGAAAGUUCCGAAUGUGACGAACCGAUGAAGAAAAAACCAAGGCUAGAGAAACCACCAGAACUCGAGGAAGAAAAUCUGGAAGAUAGACUGAACGAAAUUUUGUGUUGCACCGUCUGUUUGGAUCUGCCAACAUUCACAAUAUAUCAGUGUAACAAUGGACAUUUGAUGUGUGCUGGUUGCUUCACCCAUCUGCUAGCAGACUCGAGACUAAAAGACGAGCAGCCAACAUGUCCCAACUGCCGUUGCGAGAUCAGCAAAAACCUCUGCAGCCGUAACCUGGCUGUGGAGAAGGCCGUCAGUGAGCUUCCAGCCAGCUGCCGAUACUGCACGUGUAAGCUUCCACGAUACUUGCUGGACCAGCACGAAAGACAAGGCUGUACAGAAAGCUCUUUCUUCGGGAUCCCCAACCAUUGUCCUAGCUCCGACCAAGUGGUGGCAGUACAUGUCAGCUACAUGUUUUUCGUGCCCCUGAUGUGCAAACGUUUGCAAGGUUUGGUAACGGGUAAGUAUGGUGUACUCCUCGUACACUCCUCAUGUUGGAAACAUGGCUUCCAGUGCACCUUGCCUUUGAAUGCUGCUUUUUUCCUCUCUCCUCAUUUUCAGAUUUAAUCUUACAAAAAAAAA